CGCGGCGCCGCCGACAGACGGGCCCGGCCGCCGGCGGGACGGGACGGAGCGGAGCGGGCAGGCCGCGCGAUCGUGCUGCUGUCCCAGACGGCCUGUUCCUGUGCUGUUUUGGGCUCAGCCCAAUGAGGGCUUGGGCUGAGCGGGAACCAGCAGGGUAUAGAGGCCAGCACGCCUCAGAGUGCUGACGCUGGGAGGCCACUGGACCUGCCGCUUCUGGGACCCUCCUGCUCCCCAGCUCAAGGAACCCCGAUUCUCUGAUGGAUCUGAGGCCCUGCUCGCUGCUGCUGCUCUGGACUCUGGUGGUUGCCCUUGCUCUCCUGGCUCAGGAGGUGCUGGCCCAGCAUAUUUACACCAACACCUGGGCUGUGCUUGUCCCUGCGGGGCCCCAGGAGGCUGACAGGCUGGCCAGGAAGCAUGGAUUCCUUAACCUGGGCCCGAUCUUUGGUGACUAUUACCACUUUCGGCACCGUGGCGUGGUGAAGCGUUCCCUCUCACCCCACCAGCCCUGGCACAGCCGCUUGGCCAGGGAACCGCAGGUGCAGUGGCUGGAGCAGCAGGUGGCAAAGCGCAGGACCAAGCGAGACAUUUUCAUGGAGCCCACGGACCCCAAGUUUCCACAGCAGUGGUACCUGUACAACACAAACCAGCGGGACCUGAAUGUGCGUCAGGCCUGGGAGCAGGGAUACACAGGCAAGGGCAUCGUGGUGUCCAUCCUGGAUGAUGGCAUUGAGAAGAACCACCCUGACCUGGAAGCCAACUAUGACCCUGGGGCAAGUUUUGAUGUCAAUGACCAGGACCCAGACCCGCAGCCCCGCUACACGCAGAUGAAUGACAACAGACACGGCACGCGCUGCGCCGGGGAAGUGGCUGCCGUGGCAAACAAUGGGAUCUGUGGUGUUGGUGUGGCCUACAAUGCCAGGAUCGGAGGCGUGCGCAUGCUGGAUGGGGAGGUGACUGAUGCUGUGGAGGCCCAUUCCCUGGGCCUCAACCCCAACCACAUCCACAUCUACAGUGCCAGCUGGGGCCCUGAGGAUGAUGGCAAGACUGUGGAUGGCCCGGCCCGGCUGGCAGAGGAGGCUUUCUUCCGUGGGGUCAGCCAGGGCCGAGGGGGGCUGGGCUCCAUCUUCGUCUGGGCAUCUGGGAACGGGGGCCGUGAGCACGACAGCUGCAACUGUGACGGUUACACCAACAGCAUCUACACGCUGUCCAUCAGCAGCACCACACAGUACGGCAACGUGCCCUGGUACAGCGAGGCCUGCUCUUCCACCCUCGCCACCACGUACAGCAGCGGCAACCAGAACGAGAAGCAGAUUGUGACGACUGACCUCAGACAGAAAUGCACUGAGUUGCACACUGGGACGUCAGCCUCGGCACCCCUGGCCGCUGGCAUCAUUGCCCUUGCCCUGGAAGCCAACAAGAACCUGACCUGGCGGGACAUGCAGCACCUGGUGGUGCAGACCUCAAAGCCAGCUCACCUCAAUGCCAAUGACUGGGUCACCAAUGGUGUUGGUCGCAAAGUCAGCCACUCCUAUGGCUAUGGCCUGCUGGAUGCCGGGGCCAUGGUGAGCCUGGCCAAGAACUGGACCACAGUGGGACCUCAGAGGAAGUGCGUCAUCGAUAUCCUUGCAGAGCCCAGGGACAUUGGGAAGCGCGUGGAGGUACGACGGAAGGUGGACGCCUGCCUGGGGAAAGCCAACUACAUCAGCCGGCUGGAGCACGCGCAGGCCAGGCUGACGCUGUCCUACAACCGGCGUGGGGACCUGGCCAUACACCUGGUCAGCCCCAUGGGCACCCGCUCCACCCUCCUGGCUGCCAGGCCCCACGACUUCUCGGCCGAUGGCUUCAAUGACUGGGCCUUCAUGACGACACACUCGUGGGAUGAGGACCCCUCUGGGGAGUGGGUGCUGGAGAUUGAGAACACCAGUGACGCCAACAACUAUGGCACACUGACCAAGUUCACACUUGUGCUGUAUGGGACGGCCACCGACUCCCCCGGCCUCUCCAACCAGCUGGAGAGCAGUGGCUGCAAGACCCUGACCCCCAGCCAGACCUGUGUGGUCUGUGAGGAGGGGUACUACCUGCACCAGAAGAGCUGCCUGAAGCACUGCCCUCCUGGCUUUGCACCCGGCGUCCAGAGCACGCACUACAACUUGGAGAACAGCGUGGAGCCCAUCGCGCCCCAUCUCUGCCUGCCCUGCCACCCCUCCUGCGCCACCUGUGUGGGACCCGGCCCCAACCAGUGCCUCACCUGCCCCGCGCACUCCCACUUCAGCAGCCUGGACCUCUCCUGCUCCCACCAGACACAGAGCAGCCGUGCAUCCCCUGCCCUGGCAGAUGGCGAGGGGCCGGCUGAGACCCCCUCUCCAGUCAACCUUCCCGUCCUCAUUGCCAGCCUCAGCUGCGUCCUCAUUGUCGUCAUCUUUGUCACCAUCUUCCUGGUGCUGCAGGCACGCUCAGGCUUCAGCCUGCGGGGCGUGAAGGUCUAUGCCCUGGACAGCGGGAUCAUCUCCUACAAGGGGCUCCCCUCCGACAUCUGGCAGGAGGAGGGCCCCUCCGAAUCGGACGGUGAGGAUUACGAGGCCCACAGUGAGAGGACUGCCUUCAUCAGAGACCAAAGUGCCCUUUGAUGAGCCCUCCUGCCCCUCCCUCCUCCCUGCCCAGCACCAUGGGGCCAGGGCAGGUGAGGCCGAGGGGCCCAGACUCUGCCCCUGUCCCCUUCCUGCACUGCAGCAGCCCAGGGCUCCCACUCGCUGGCACUAUCCCUCUACCCCAGCCUGGGUGGCCUGGCACAGCCCUGCUGGCACCAUCUCCAGCAUAGUACUGUCCCAGUCUUGCACCAUCUCUCCUGGCCCUGCAUCCAUUCUGUGCCACAUGCUGGGAUGUUUGGCGGCAGUGGGGCCACGGGUGGGCAGCAUGUGGGGUCUUUGGGUUGCCAUGGCCCAAGGAGGGCUGGCUGAAGCAGGGGUGGCUCUGCCCCCCCAGGGCUGAGCCCAGCCCAUGGCAUGGUGUCCCCCUGCCCCUGCAACCCUUGGCAUGACAGGCUGCGUCCCUGGCUUGGUCCAUUGUGUCCUGGCUCCCUGCCGCCUGGCUGGACCUGUCCGCCCCCACCCGUGCCCUUCAACAGCAAUAAUGGCCAGGCCUCAGCUGCUGCUGCCUGCUUGCCCACUCUGCCCAUCCCACCAUGGCUGCCUGCAGUGGGCAGGAGCCCUGGCACCGGGGAGUGUGGGGCCAGGCACCGCCUUCCCUCGUGCCUGUGGUGCGGCCCACAGCCUGGGCAGGGACCCCUCGCACAGACCCUGCUCUGGGAGGCUGCCCCAGGCCCUUGUGUUCUGACCUCAGGCAGGGCUCAGGCAGUGCUGGUGCCAGCACUGCCCCAGCUCUGCCUGCACCCCACCUGUGCCAGGCAGCGCCUGGCGUCCCUGCAGCCCCACCCCCCUGAUGUGCCUUGCCCCCAUUUGGUGACAAUCCGUUCUGCUCCCCCCCGGAGCCCCUUCCCUCGCUGCCCCUUCCCCGCGGGCUGGGGGCUGGUGCCGCGAGCCCCUUUGCCGUCCGCCGCCACACACCGGGGCCGUGGCACGGGCUCCCACCCGCGCCAGCCACAGAUGGAGCCGCUGGCUGGGGGCCACAGGACUAUUUUUCUAUAACAACUUUUUGGUGCACAGUAAUUUUUUUCUUGUAAUUUAAUCAGCCGGGAGCUGUCUCCUGAGCCUGUUUUUAAUUUAAUGGAUGUGGAUAUAACGCUAGAGAGACUGAGUUAUUAAAUGUUCAGAACUAUGCAAACCA